AUGCUUCGAGAGGAACUUUAUCUGGAGAGGGAGGCGCACCGAAAGUCGAACUGUGAAGAAGGAGGCUACAACAAAAUAUUCGACGAACGUGGCCUCUCUGAUCUCAUAUGCAUGUCCAUUAUGGGUCCUGUAUCGGCAGUACUUCCUUCUUCGUUCAUUACGUCCGGCGGAAGAGUCACGCAGCACGUAGGAUACAUCCCUGACUGGGGCGCUGGGCAUGAUGGGGCUGCAGAUGUGUAUGGAAAGGCUAGAGCCCUUGUUAUCGGGGACACGAAAUUCAACUGGUCAUUAACCAACGCCUUUAAUGUUAUCCUGAAAAACAGGUUAUAUGAAGAUUCACCAUUGAUCGACACAGUCAGGCCUAUCGAGCAAGUCCAGCAUUACGGCGCUGUCUACGGAUGUCGGUAUGUGUAUAUUAUCAGCAACCGGGAGCUCGUGGUAAUGCGGCUCCAUCUAGCACCAUUCCCAGUUCGAACAUCACCCAGACCUCAACGCACCCGCCCACCACCCUCACAUCAACGGGUGAUAUCUAGUUCCACAAUUUCGAAGCAAUUGACAGACAUGUCUAUUGAUGAGUCUUCCUUCAAAGCUAGUAUUGGGCUGGUGGAAUACAAGAAAAUUCCUUGGAGCGCUACAAGCGGACUUACGAUCAAAUUGGCAUUGUAUUGCCUUGUUCGUUUAGCGGCCGAGGAUGGAAAUGAUCUCAAACCCGAUUAUCCGCCUUUGGCAUCUAAAGUGGGUCUCCUAUCCACCGCCCCGCCGAGUUCACAACCGCGAAACCCUAUACCAACAGCAAGCACUGUCACCAGUACACCACAAGCAAGCAACGAAACGGAAGCCCAAUUCUACGAUACCGUCAUAGGAAUGAGCUCUCCCUCCUUCAACUCCCAGCCUGAGUGUGAUGUCCGAAAAGUAGCGACGCUGGAGUUCUGCAUUUAUCAGCACGUAGCCUAUAUUAUAAAUACAACAUGGACUGACCUGCGCGAGCUGCUGAAGGAUUUCCCGCAAUUUAAUUUCCGAACAUUGCUCUACAAGUUUGAAUCGAGGAGACUGCUUCCACUCCGCGUGUGGGUUCGCUUCUAG